AUGGCCUCUAAAAAAGGUGCCUACGAAACUAACGCCUCCGACACCGAUUUCCGCAAAAAAUACGACCGCGAAGGAAAUGUAGCAAAAGCACGCGAACAGGAAGCAAAAGAAAAAGAAGAAGGGCGUCUGCGGUAUGAAGCCAAGCUCGCCGGCAAAAAAUAUUACGCGCCUCUUACCGGCGAUGAAACCCUCACAUCUGCGCGCGCAAGCCGUCUCGAUGUAUCUGCCAAUAUAGGAAAAACUAUAUUGAUGCCUGCGGGGGCAGCGAUGGGAAAGAGGGGAAAGGGAGCCGGGUUUUAUUGUAAGGACUGCGAUUUGACUUUUAAGGAUAGUUUGCAAUGGGUGGAGCAUGAAAAUAGUAUGCAGCAUCUGAGGGCGAUAGGGCAAACGGGAGAGGUACAGAGGGCUAGUGCGGAAGAUGUGAGGAGGAGGAUUGACGAAAUUUGGGAGAGGUUGGAGAGAGAGAAGAAUCAAGAGGUGGUUAGUUUGGGGGAGAGGCUGGAGGGUAGGAGAAUUGAGGAUGAAAAGGAAAGAGAGGAAAGGAGGAAGAAGAGAAGGGAACUAGCGGAGAGGAAGAAGGAGGAGAAGGAGAAGGAAGUCGCGGUUAAGAAAGAAUACGGUGAAGAUGUUAGGGUGGACGGCGAGCAUGACGAAGAUGAUAUGAUGGCUAGUAUGGGGAUUGUUGGAUUUGGCUCGUCGAAAAAAUGA